GGCCCCCAGUUGGACUGAAGAAUCUGUUUCCGUGCUGUACAUCUCUAUGACUCUAAUGUCGUGAAUUGUUCACAAUUAAUUUGGCUGGCUUGAGUCAGCAAUUCAAAUGGUUGUCUUCCAAACCAGCUUGAUGGCUGGUUUACUGAUAAGUAUGGCCAUUCCCAUGUAUCCGGCCGACUAAAGAGUCAGGGCAAUUGUAGCUCCUAUUCUUUCCCCAGUGGAUUAUGGAAUCUGAAUCAUGUCAGCACAGCCUAACAGCACAAGAAAAAGAGCCGCCCAUACUGAUACUGAAGACCGUCUGCUUUCAGUGCAACCAUAAUGCCUGUGAUAUAUUCUCUGCCUCACAUGAGGACUCAGUGGCUUUUGGUGGUCGGUGGUUUAGUGGUUUCUUGGACAGAGUUUCUUUGGGAUUUGCAAAGGAAUAAAUAAGCAUUUCUCGGCUUUGCAAGUGAUAACAACAAAUAGAAACACAACACUGGAACUGAUGAGGAUCAGGAGAGUUGAGUUUAAUUUGCAGAUUUGUUGAAGUAGAUCCUGAAGCUGGAACACCCCCAGUCUCAAUGAUUCCCCAGGUUCUCCAAGUCCCGGGUUGCCUUUACAAGUGAAAGUUGUCGCCUAGCUGGGCCAGUGUUCAAUCCCCAUUACUUCACAAAGAUCAGUUCGUCUCUUCCUUUAGUGUCGUAUUGGUUGUGCAUCAUUAAACCACGGUAAAACAGAAUGCAUCAAAUGCUCACCGUCCCUUCUUGUACAAUCACCAACCCUUGUGGUGGUUUGGAGCGGUUUCCAUUCCACUGUGCAAAUUGCCACGACUAUAGCUUGCCGAAGGUGGGGGGGAUUUCAAGAACCAGUAGCGGACAGUCACCCUCACUAAACACGCAGCACUUUUCCAACCUAUAGUGUAACUCUAGACGCUGCCCCUCCCCUUCAAACAUUCUGGAAUAAAUGUAUGAUAUGGUAGAAAAUAAGCGGCUGAUUUGUCGGUUUAAUGUUUCAUUCUUGUCUGUGGUAAAAAUCCUCCAGCAAAACAGAAUGUCAUACUAUUAAAACAGUUCCCAAAGGAAUAUACAAGACGUUAAUCUCUGGGAUAACUUCAUACACGGUACCAGUAAUUGCCAGAACCCAAGACUUGUGCCUGUGAUGCAGAACAUAUAUAGUUGACAAAACGCUCCAAGUAGCCACCCCCACCCAACCAGCUUUCCUUCUCUCUCGGUGUCUCAAAGCUCAUUACCUCAAAGUUUUUUUUUGCCCUCGGAAACAAGCUUAUUAACCGUGGGAUGAAUUGAAGGAUGAUUUAUCAAUGUGGAAUGCUACAGCCGGCUCCACGCCGUCCAUUCACAAAGAGGGAGCAGGAAGAGGAAGCAACCUCCUGUGUGAUUUCUCUUCCACCGGGCUCAGUUCUGGUGGCGAGCCUGUAGAAAGCGCCAGCGGAACAUCGAGUGCAAGGAGCCAAGGAAGCGUCCUCCAAGCUCAGUUUAGGGCGUUAUUCCUCUCACAUCCCUGCCUCGUUUGUCAGCGACGUAGGGGGAACAGUCCCAGAACUGGUGUCCACCUCCGGGUGAUUACCACAGGGACCGUGGAAUUAUAAACAGCAUCUUUGGUUUAUGAACAUCUGAAAGACUUCUCAAGGUUGUUAUCAGACUCGCAUUCUCUCCACUGUGAAAACUGGAAACUGAAGACAGCUGGAGAAAUAAGGAUUGAUACCAUGUUGACCAGCAAAAACGCAUCAGUGCAGGAAAUGCAAUGACAGCCGGCUGUGUCUGACUACAAUGGAAGCGAUCCCACUUCUGGCCUGCAUGUGGACCUUCUGCAUUAUCAAGUGGUUGAAAUAAUAGCAAGGCCUAUACCUGAACUGCUGAACCUAUGGGCUAGUCAGCCUAACUGACCUGUAACAGAUAGAAGAUGGUGUCCACUCUGAGAAUACUGAACAACACUUGAAGCGUGAAUGAUCUGAAUUUGCAAUGGCCAUCAAAAUCAAUGCUUACCUCUGAGGCUGAGCUGCACUGCAGAUGGUGACCCUUAUUUCAACUAAAUAAGAUCAGAAGGAUUUGGUGCUUCUCAUCAGAAUCUUCUCUCAACUUUUGUUCACUUCUUAAGUAAGACCGAGUCGGAGUUGCAUUGAGGCUUAACCAUGCUUCUCAGUACCAGUGAGAACAUUCUAUUAUAAGGAAAAAGCAUCAGCCAGGAGAGUAAACAUCUUACAGCUUGAAUGUAAAAGUAUCAUGAUGAAGGCCAUUGACAGAAUGGUCGACUGCAUCAGCAAAGUCAUGCUUCACACAGUGAUAUCGUGUUGGCAGCCCUUUCUAGGUCUGGCUCUCAUCAUUGUUCUCACUGGGUCUACAAUGGGAUGUCCAGCCCGAUGUGAAUGUGCUGCACAGAACAAAUCCGUCACCUGCCAUCGCAAACGCUUGACUGUAAUCCCUGAGGGUAUUCCUAUUGAGACCAAAAUAUUAGACCUGAGCAAGAAUAAGCUGAAAAACAUCAAUCCGGAUGAGUUCUCAUCAUAUACCUUACUGGAAGUAAUAGAUCUUAGUGAAAAUAUAAUAACAAUCUUGGAACCUGGAUCUUUUAGUAAUCUUUUUAACUUGCGCUCCCUACGCCUCAGAAGUAACCGCCUAAAACUCAUCCCCCUUGGUGUUUUUGCUGGACUGUCUAACUUGACAAUGCUGGACAUCAGCGAGAACAAAAUAGUCAUUUUGCUGGACUACACCUUUCAGGACUUACACAACUUAAAGUCUCUUGAAGUGGGGGAUAAUGAUUUGGUUUACAUUUCACACCGAGCCUUCAGUGGACUGGUUGCACUUGAACAGCUAACCCUCGAGAAAUGUAACCUUACAGCAGUGCCAACAGAAGCACUGUCUCAUCUUCACAAUCUCAUCCGUCUCCGGCUGUGCCACCUCCACAUCAAUGCCAUCCAUGCGUAUUCUUUUAAAAAGCUGUAUCGAUUGAGAUACUUGGAGAUUGAUCACUGGCCUCUGCUCGAUGUAUUGCCUGCCAACAGUCUUCAUGGUCUCAAUCUCACCUAUCUGUCCAUCACAAAUACAAACCUAUCUGCAAUACCCUAUGGGGCAUUCAAGCAUCUAAUAUACCUUGCAUACCUGAAUCUGUCCUACAACCCAAUCAGCAUUAUUGAAUCGGGCAUGUUGCAGGACUUAAUACGUCUUCAAGAACUGCACCUGGUUAGCGCACAGUUACUCACCAUUGAGCCUCGUUCCUUUAAGGGGCUGCAUAUCUUGCGGGUUUUAAAUGUGUCUCAUAACCUGUUGGACACUCUGGAGGAAAGCGUUUUCCAAUCUGUGAAAAGCGUCCAAGUGCUCUGUAUAGACCAUAACCCACUGGCAUGUGAUUGCCGGCUUCUGUGGAUCCUACAAAGGAAAAAGAUGCUGAGGUUUUCAGAAGAGCAGCCAAUUUGUGCCUCACCAGAAAACAUCAAAGGAAUGCGAUUUAAAGAUUUCAAUGAUCUUUACCUGCCCAGCUACUUCACUUGCCAAAAGCCCCAAAUACGUGACAAAGGUCCACAGCAUAUAGUGAUCAAUGAAGGUCAAGUGGCCCAAUUGAUUUGCCGUGCUGAUGGGGACCCUCUCCCAGUUAUCUCCUGGCAGUCUCCUCACAGAAGGCUAAUCACCCUCAAGUCCAAUGGGAGGGCAACAGUGCUAGGAGACGGCACACUGGAACUCAAGUUCACCCAGGUUCAAGAUAGCGGAGUCUACAUGUGUAUUGCAAGUAAUGCUGCUGGGAAUGACAGCUUCUCAGCAACCUUAGUUGUGAAGGGACAUUCUGAGAAUCUGCAUGGGAACAGGAGCUCUCUGUACAUGACUGAGGUAAAUGACACCCAAUCCAAUGGGACACAUGUGUUCAUGACAGUUUCACUGGACCUCAAGACUAUAUUGGUGUCCACGGCCAUGGGUUGCUUCACGUUCCUUGGCGUGGUGUUGUUCUGUUUCCUGCUUCUCUUUGUGUGGAGUCGGGGGAAAGGCAAGCACAAGAACAACAUCGAUAUCGAAUACAUUCCUCGUAAGACUAACGGAGCCACAGCUGAUACUGAGCAAGGAGGCACAAGGAGGUUCAACAUGAAGAUGAUAUAGAAUCAACAGCAAAAGGCUGCACUUUUAAAAAAUAAAUGCAAGAAACCUUUAUGCUGUCCGCUCAUUAUGGGGCCAAAUGUUCCCUUAGAGAAUGCUUCCUGGAAUGUCUCACAACCAGGGAGCUGGUAUCCUCUGAUGGUACAACAACAAAUGGUUCGUCACGGCAACUGGGGAUUUGGGGUUGCUUUUCUGGUGCCCGUGCCUUGAAUUGAAACGAAGGAAGUACCAGUGAAUACUGGAAUUCUUUCACUAACCUGGUUUAAGUGACAGCCCAUGUUGCACAUCUGUAAUAACUAAUCUUACUGGGAAACUGCUUGUUCAAGUGAAUGAGGAAAUCAUUUGACAUUUUGUAUAAAACUGUACUAAUCCAGAAGAAAUGGAAGGUGGAGAUCUUCAGUAAAGCAUCAGUGGAUUUCCACAUGGACAAAUUAAUGUUGAUGAACCCCCAAAUCAGUGUGGAUUGUAUUGCAAAACACUGAGGGGAUUGAUUGGAGUGCGUGGCUGGAGAUGAUAAAAGAUAAA